UGGUUUGGGACCUUGGGAAAAUUCAUUAACUUUCAAGAAGCUUUCAUCAUCUGUAAAACAUGGGGAUCAAAAUAUCACAUAGUGUUACUGUCAUGCCCCAAUAAAAUAGAAUUUGUAAACUACCUGGCCCAUAGUAGGUACUUACGAAGUGUGAGUUCCUUUCUUUGGGGAGUUAACUACUUUGAUUGAAGAGCCCAGUGCUCUGCUCACUGGCUGUAUGCCUUUGGUCAGCUUAUGAUUCUCAGUAGUCUAAUUUGGAGAAUGGGCACAAUUAGGUUUAUCUUUAUAUAAUACUAUUUAUUAUCCCUAAUUUUGUGCAUAAAAUUAUUCCCAAAGGUCAAAUUGGUUUUGAUUAUAUUAAAGUUUUGUUUCACAUCCCCCAAAAUUCUUGAAUCAUCUAUAGAUGUAUCAUUUAUAUGGAAGCUCCCUUUUAGUAAGUUUUCUUACUAAUAAUAAUAGUGCUAUAUUCCCUGGCAACUGGCCUUCAAAAACAUGUAUUUACAUUCCAAGCAUAUGGUUUGCUUGUAUAACACCAGCACUAUCCACUUCAGGGCCUCCCUGAAGAGUUGGAAUUCAGAAGGAAUUCCUCAGAUACAAGUUUCCAUCUCUUCUCUGCCUCAGCUGGAUAGCUUUUUCAGACUGUCUAUUCCCAGAAUGUCAGAAGAGAUCACAGCAUUGGCUUACCAUGCUCCAAAAGAACAAGAAGGACUUAUAAUUGUGAAGGUUGAAGAAGAGAAUUAUGUUUGGGGGCAGGACUUUGGCCUUCAGAGGAACUCCCAGAGCCAGGAGGUCUUCCGCCUGCGUUUCAGGCAGUUUAGUUAUUCUGACUCCAGUGGGCCCAGAGAAGCUAUGAGCCAGCUCAAGGAGCUUUGCUCUCGGUGGCUGAAACCGGAGGCACACUCUAAGGAGCAGAUAUUGGAGCUGUUGGUGCUGGAGCAGUUCCUGGCCAUCCUGCCUGAGGAACUGCAGGCCUGGGUGCGAGAGCAGGGGCCAGAUAAUGGAGAGGAAGCUGUGACUCUGCUGGAAGAGUUGGAGAAAGAACUCGAUGAAUCAAGGCAACAGGACUCUGCUUGUGGCCAGAAAAUGAUCUGGAAGAACACAACAUGCACAGGAGUUCUGAAGUCUCUAAGUCACCCUCUGCAGUCUUUGGAGAGCCAAUGCAGGAGUGAGACUCAGGAGCCCCAAGAUUUCCACGAGAGAGAUGGCAAGAUGGUAGCUGACAAAAUGUUGGCAGCAAAGCAAGAAAUUAUUGAAUGUGUAGCCUCAACUGCUAUGAUAUCUCCAGGAAGACUUCUUGGGGAAAUUGCUUCAGUACAGAUAGUUGAAGAAGCUUUGGACGGUCUGGACAAGUCUGAGAAGCAAAGGGGAAGUGCUACAAUGAACAAAAUGAGUCAGCUCCCUUCCCAGGAAAGACAGUACAGCCUGGCAAUGUUCAACAAGAAAAUCCCCACAGAGCAGUGUUUCCCUGAAUGUCAUGGAAUUGAAGAAAAUCUCAAUCUGAACUCAAAUGAUAUUACACCACAGAGAAUUCACACAGGGGACAAGCUCUAUGAGUGCUUUGACUGUGGGAAAGCCUUUUGCCAGAGCUCAAAGCUGAUUAGACAUCAGAUAAUUCAUACUGGAGAGAGACCUUAUGCAUGUAAAGAAUGUGGCAAAGCCUUCAGUUUGAGCUCAGACCUUGUUAGACAUCAGAGAAUACACAGUGGUGAAAAACCAUAUGAAUGUUGUGAAUGUGGAAAGGCUUUCAGGGGCAGCUCAGAGCUCAUUAGGCAUCGGAGAAUUCACACAGGAGAGAAACCUUAUGAGUGUGGGGAAUGUGGGAAAGCUUUCAGCCGGAGCUCAGCCCUUAUUCAACAUAAGAAAAUUCACACUGGUGAUAAAGCCUAUGAAUGUAUUGAAUGUGGUAAGGCUUUUGGUAGGAGCUCUAUCCUUAUUGAGCAUCAAAGAAUUCACACUGGAGAGAAACCUUAUGAGUGUAAUGAAUGUGGAAAAUCCUUUAAUCAGAGCUCAGCCCUUACCCAGCACCAGAGAAUCCACACUGGGGAGAAACCUUAUGAAUGUAGAGAAUGUAGGAAAACAUUUAGACAUAGAUCAGGUCUUAUGCAGCAUCAAAGGACACACACCAGAGUUUAAGUCUGAGUAAGAGUUGUAUAAUUGUGAAAUGCAAAAAAUUCACUUUGAGGAUGAGACUCAACAGAAGAUAGAAUUUUCCUGAGAGUAGGGUGUCUGUCCUUCCAGCCCAGUUCAGUUCUGUAAGAGGAGAUCCACAUGAUUGUUACGAUUGUUAAGUGUUAAGUGGAAAGAAUUUUUUUUAAAAAUCAGGUCUUUGAAAAGAAUGGUGGGUAUUCUCUAGAAAUGCCUAACUUUAUCUGCAUGAAGUCUCUCAUCAAUACCACCUUUACCUCACCAACCCAAAUAUAACUGCCACCAUGCAAGUCCAGAAUUAUGUACCUAAAAGAGCUCCUUACAUGAUGGCAAGGAUAAGAUCCCUGCUCAGCGUUUGUGCUUUUGGUAGGUGAAGGCAUGUACUAAGAAUUAUUCAACUACCUGAAAUGUUGACUUGUAUGGGAAAUGUUGAAUUAUGCCCUGGCUUGUUUUAACAAGAUCCAAGGCAGUUUAAUAUUAUCUGAGGAAUGGUGGUUCAUUGUUCCCACUUCCCAUUUCUCUCCACAGCCCUAUGCUUCCUACAAGGCCAAUUCAGGUUUGCUUAUUUAUUAAGCACCUGUUGUGUUUAGCUAUUUGGGACAGAUAUGGUCAUUGCUGUCCCAGAGUUAAGGGUUAAUGGAAUAUACAUAUUUACUAAAUAAGUAAGUAAAGUGCAAUAAGUAUUUUGAUAGGAUAAAUCCAGGGUGUUUCUGGAGUACAUGGCAGGGCUACCUUACCUGAUCUCUAAAGACUUCUUGGAUGUGAUAAUAUCUCAGUUGAGACCUAAACUGUAGAAAUUAGCCAGGUCAAGGGCAGAAGAAGGCAGAGGUUAUAGGACAUAUAGGGCAUGAAAAGAGGAGAAUCUGGAGACAUCAGGACUCUUCACUUAGCAGGAAUUAGUUGUCAUAGUCUGGUAGGACUUGUGGCUAAGAAGCCAGGACAUGUGCCUAGAAGACAUGUGUUGGAUUUUCUCUAUAAUCACUAUACAGAACUUAUAAACUAUUACAUCUUCAAGUACUCAGAAUGAGGGUAGUAGAAGACUGGUACAUCUUAUGGAAACAGGCAUGAUGCACACCAAAUAAAGAAUAUACAUCGGAGGCUAUAGGGACAGUGAGGUCUAGAGUGUGUGUUUCAUGACCCUGGAUCUCAGGAAAUGGGAAACUUCCAGGGACCCAGAAAUGAGAAGUUUGCCUUCCCAGACCCUAUAUUCUUCAUUCCCUUACCCUUACCCUCAGCACCAGCUCUGCAAACUCUAAGCCACUUGAGGGCAAUAAAUAUUUGUUAAAUUAACCAGAUUCCUCAAAAUUAUACUUUCCUAAUUUUUAUUUUUACUUUGGCAGUUUUAAUUAACCUACAAUUGUUGAGGGCAAUUAAUACUUAAGAACUUUUUUCUUUUUUGGGUACUAAGGAUUAAACUCAGGGGCAGUUGACCACUGAGCCACAUCCCUAGCCCUAUUUUGUAUUUGAUUAGACAGUGUUUCACUGAGUUGCUUAGCUCCUUGAUAAAUUGCUGGCUUUGAACUCGCAAUCCUCCUGCCUUCGCCUCCUGAGCUGCUGGGAUUACAGGUGUGCACCACCAUGCCCGGCCCUUAAAAACAUUUUUGAAGACUUGAUGUUCAUAGUUAUUGUGGGUAAUAGAGAUGAAAUUGGGAAGGAUCUUUGUGCCCAAAGUUUACGCAGUUGUCACUGAGUGAGAUCAACCAUAAGACAUGGGAUAGUGAGUUGCCUUUUCCUGUAGGUGACAAUCAAAUGAUUUAAUGUUUUAAACAGCAUUUGAUGGUUUUUCCUUAUUGUAAAUGCUGAUAAUACAGAACAUAUAAAUUACCCACAAUCCCUUUACCCAUAGAAACACUUGACAUUUUAGAGUACUUUGUGUUUUCUUCUCCAAUCCUAACAUUCUUGGCAAAAAUAUUGUAAAUAAAAGUUACUAAUUUUAACAUUUGUAUGUUGAGUAUACCCUUUAACUGUUCAGUAUGAGAAUGUAAAGCAAGAUGUAAUAAAAUUUGAGUUUUAAA